AUGGCACCAGAAAUUUUAACUCGAUCUGGCCAUGGCAAAGCUGUUGAUUGGUGGUCAUUUGGUGCAUUGAUGUACGAUAUGCUAACGGGUGCUCCACCAUUCACAGCCGAUGAUCGUCGACAAACAAUGGACAAAAUAAUAAAAGGAAAAUUAGUUUUACCUGCAUAUUUAAGUAUUGAUGCAAGAGAACUAAUUCGUAAUUUACUUCGUCGACAAGUCAGUCAUCGACUUGGUAGUGGACUUGAAGAUGCUGAAGCAAUUAAAACUCAUGCAUUUUUUGAUCAUUUAAAUUGGAGUGAUGUUUAUGCAAAACGUUAUGAACCUCCAUAUAAACCAAUUCUUAAAAGUGAUGAUGAUGUUAGUCAAUUUGAUACAAAAUUUACUGUACAAACACCUGUUGAUUCACCAGAUGAUAAUAUGUUAAGUGAAAGUGCUAAUCAAGUUUUUCUUGGUUUUACUUAUGUUGCUCCAUCAAUAAUUGAAGAUAUGAAUCGAUUAGAUUUAAGUAAUACUGGACAUCGAUCACCAAGAAAAAUAAUUCCAUCAGAAUUAAUAUCUCAAACAUUGAAUAUGAAAAUAUCUGAAUUAAAUAAUAUUAAUGAUCAUUCAAAUACUACAAUAAAUGAAACCAAAGAUAAUAAUGAUAAUUCAUCAUCAAAAACAGUUCGAUCAUCUACACUUAAUAGAUAUCACUCAAAUAAAUCAAAAAGUCCAGUUAAUAAUGGUUUUAUUUAA